AUGGAAAAUGGUCGGGCCUCAGGUUCACAAGCUGACGAUACAGCGACCGGGGAAGUACCCGUCGUCGAACCACAGGGAGACGCGAGACGCGCUGAAGACGUCGAUCCCACAACUACGAGAGCUGAGACACCACCGAACCCAGGAGUCGAUGAGUCAGGGGGCCUGGCAGAAAACGUCCUCAAAGCUAUGGGGAAACGGAUUGCCCCAGACAGGGUCCUGGGACCGGAACUUCCAAAACCUAUCGCAGUGCGAUGGGAGGAAAUAUUCAAACAAGGUCUGCCACCAGAGCUAAAGACGUCAAUCAUCGAAAAAUACCCUCCGCCAAGCAACUGCAUGUUCAUUGAUCCGCCAAAAGUGAAUCCCGAGCUAAAAGCGGCCUCAACGGAGGCGGUCGUAAAACGAGAUAACCGCAUCAUCUCAAAACAAGAGAGGAUUGCAGCAUGCCUUUCCGCUCAAGGAAAAGCUUUGGCAACAAUCAUAAAAAGGGAUAACGAUGCCGACCUUGCAUUAAUAGAAUCGAUCAGCGACACGGCGAGACUUCUUGCAGAUCUUCAACGCGAAGAAACCGCAGUAAGGAAAAGUCUUAUCUUAGCGCCGUUAAAAAUAUCGGUGAAGGACGCACUGCAAAAUUCAACAACAGAGGAAUGGCUAUGCGGAAAGGAUCUCGAAGAUCGGUUGCGGUCAGCCAAAAACUUGGAACGGUCACUUAAUGAGCUGAAACCUGCAACAAAAAAUCAAACACCAAAGAACUCAAAAAACUUCAAGACCCCGCCGCGUUACCAAGCGCAAAAAACACAAUCGGGAACGACCGGGGGGCAGAAAUACACAGGAUUUCAAGCGCAGAAGAAAUACCCAUCCCAGCGAACACAGCCGAGCCAAUCACACCACAAACCGUAUCACCGAAGAGACAACAACUCUCAGAACCGACGUCGGGUGCCUAUCGAACCCGCGCGGUCCCCCUCCGAAAAACAAGAAACCUUAAAACUAAUAGACGAUCUGCUCAAAAAAGGAGCCAUCGCUAAAUGUAUUCCGGCAAAAAAUCAAUUCAUCUCAAACAUUUUUCUACGACCGAAACCCGACGGUUCGAAGCGGUUGAUUAUAAAUUUGAAGGAACUGAACACUUUCGUCAUAACGGAACAUUUCAAAAUGGAAGACCGGAAAACAGCUCUCAGACUCAUAAGCCCUCAGUGCUUUAUGGCCACUUUGGACCUUAAAGACGCGUAUUACCUGAUUCCACUCGCGAAAACACACAGAAAAUACAUACGGUUCCAGUUAGAUCAACAAUAUUUUGAAUUUACAUGUUUGCCGUUCGACCUUAGCGUCGCUCCGUUGGUUUUUACGAAAAUAAUGAAACCAGUAAUUUCGCAUCUGAGGAAAAGAGGAUAUUUAUCCGUGAUAUAUCUCGAUGACUUUUUACUUUUUGGAGACACGUACACCACGUGCCAAGAUAACGUCAGAGAGACUUGCAAACUCCUGAAAAAACUAGGAUUCAUUAUAAACGAAAAUAAAAGUCAAAUCACACCGUCCCAACGUUGCAAAUUUUUAGGGUGUUAUUUUGAUUCCGUACGAUGGACUGUAGAAUUAACAAAAGAGAAAAAAGAAAGUAUCAAAGAAAAAAGCGCACAGUUGAAAAUUCGAGAUUCCGUAAAAAUUCGGGAAUUCGCACAAUUCCUCGGUACUUUAGUGUCAGCGUGCUUUGCGGUCAACUACGGCUGGGGCCAUACUAAAGCUUUUGAGCGAGCAAAAUACUUAACCCUCAGAUCCAACGGGGGAAAAUAUGAGGGAUACAUGAAGGUACCGGAAACUCUUUCGCCGGAUCUCACCUGGUGGGAAUCAAAGAUUGAAUCCUCAAUAAACCCAAUUCGAGAUUCGAAUUUUACUCUUGAGAUCUUUUCGGACGCCUCGCUAUCGGGAUGGGGAGUAUUUUGCAAAGGCGAAAGAUCUCACGGACACUGGAAUGAGAACGAGCGUCUGUCCCACAUAAUUUACCUCGAGUUAUUGGCAGCCUUUUUUGGCCUCAAAUGCUUCGCGAAAAACUUAGAAAACCGUCAGAUACUCCUUAGAAUAGACAAUACAACCGCGAUCUCGUACAUCAAUCGAGAAGGAGGAAUUCAAUACCCCCACUUAAAUAAAGUAACAAGAGAUAUCUGGGAUUGGUGCGAAAAUAAAAACAUAUGGGUAUUUGCGUCUUAUAUAAGUUCAAAAAUGAACGUAGAAGCGGAUGUAGAAUCCCGCAGAUUGGAACCGGAAACCGAAUUCGAACUAAAAAACACAACUUUUCGAACGAUUGUUGAAAAAUUCGGGAUGCCUGAGAUAGACUUAUUUGCAAGUCGAAAAAACGCGAAAUGCAAAAAAUACAUUUCUUGGCGAAGAGACCCUGGGUCUGUAGCGGUAGACGCUUUUACGGUCCCAUGGAACCAAUAUUUCUACGCUUUUCCACCCUUUUCACUAAUUUUACGCACACUACAAAAAAUCGAAUGCGAAGAAGCGCAAGGGAUCGUAGUAGUACCAGAGUGGCCAGCUCAACCAUGGUACCCCAAAUUUCAGGGAACCUCACGCAAUUUGGCAGAACAUUUCUCUGGUUGCCGGCAAGCUAUCGAGCAGGCAUUCGCAAGGAGAAAAUUACCAGAAACAGCAAUCCAGAUCAUGACAUCAUCCGUAAGCGAAUCGUCGCUUAAACAAUAUGACGGCGCGUUAAAACGCUGGUGGAUUCAUUGUUCCGAGAAUAACAUUUCUCCAUACGAAGCAACGGUGUCAGAUAUUUUAAAAUUCCUCGCAAAAACAUACGACACGGGAGCCUCCCAUGGGUCGCUCAACACCCUCAGAUCCGCAAUUUCGCUUAUUAUCGGGCCGGAAGUGGGACAAGAUCACCAUAUCAAAAGGUUUUUCAAAGCAGUACACAGCUUGAGACCAACAAGACCAAAAUACGAUUCAAUCUGGGAACCAAAGAUUGUUCUUAAUUAUUUCAAGUCUCUGCCAAAAAAUGAAAAUCUCUCGCUGAAAGAUUUAACCAUGAAACUGAUUACCCUGCUAGCCUUAGUCACGGGACAUAGGAUGCAAACAUACUCAAAAAUAAACGUCGAGAAUAUUCAAAGAGUGGGAAAUGCGUUCGAGAUUAGAAUCCCGGAUCGAAUCAAAACUACGGGCGCUAAUCGAAAACAGCCGCUAUUAAUCAUACCAUUCUACGCGGAAGACGAAAAACUUUGUUCGGCAUCAGCCUUACAAAACUAUCUGGAGAGAACAAAAACCUCAAGAGGCUCCAAGAUAGAUCUCUUCCUAUCGUUCAAAAAACCAUUUCAAGCCGUCUCAUCGCAAACCCUGAGUCGAUGGGUCAAAUUAACAUUGAAAAAUAGCGGAGUAAAUACGGACAAAUUUACAGCACACAGCACACGCCACGCAUCCACGUCUACAGCGAAAAGAAACAACAUCGAUAUAGAAACGAUAAGAAAAACUGCAGGCUGGACAACGGGAUCUGAAACCUUCGCAAAAUUUUAUCAUUUAAAUGUCAGUAGAGAUAAGGAUUCUUAUGCACGAGCGAUCUUGAACUCGCAAUAA